CCUCAUUAUUCUCAUUCCAUUGUCUGAUAGAAUAUUUUCGCAUUUGUAGUACCGACGCUAGAAGAACAUGACGAAGGACGAGAGUCUUCUGUCCAGUGUGAGCGCUCUGUUUACGGAGAGAACACUCGAAGAGAUCCUUCGAAAUGCAACUGGAGAAAAUGAGGUGCAGAUAUUGGGAUGGGAUUUUGGAGAGGCGAGCAAGAAGGGUGACGGCUAUUUGUCCGUCGUAAGCAGAGUCAAGGUGGAUGGCACGGCUGGUGGUAAACCGAUCCAAAUAUCGCUUGUCGUUAAAUCAAUGCCCAACAAUUUGGCGAGGAGAAAAACUUUCAGAAGCAACGAAUUCUUCUAUAACGAAGUCACGUGCUAUACAGAAAUAUUCCCCAAGUUUCAAGAGUUCAUCAAAUCUAAAAAUGCAGGGGAUUUGCUAAUUGUACCUCGAUGUUUUGCGGCAUUAACAGAUGGCGAGAACGAUUAUCUCGCGCUGGAAGAUGUCACUUCGAUCGGUUUUCAACCUCUGGCUAGACAAAAUUCAUUGCAAGUGCAGGAAUGUAGCUUGAUAUUAAAAGCACUGGCUAGAUUACACGCCGUCUCAUUCGCCUACAAGGAUCAAAAGAAAGACGAGUUUCAAAAAAUAGCCAAUCGUUUGAUUGAGACUUAUUUUACGCCGAAACUAUACGAUUGGUACAAAGGUUUCCAGUCGCUUAUAAUCAACAUGGCUAAAGAUGCCCUAGCUAAGGAGUAUCCAGGCAGCGAAGCUGAGAAGCGUUUCAACUCUUGGACAGGCCGAGAGUUGUACGACAAGAGCAUAGAUUUCUGCAACCGUGUAACGGCGCCAACUUCGGUGAUCACUCAGGGCGAUGCAUGGGCGCCUAACUUCAUGAUCCGAGAAACUGAUAAAGAAUACCCGGAUGCUCUUGCCCUAGAUUUUCAGCUGGCUCGAUGCGCUAGCCCAGCUCUGGACGUUUCUUUCUUCAUUUAUACCUGCACCGAGAAGCCGCUACGCGAUGGCCAUUACGACGAAUUGUUGAAACUCUACCACGAGGAACUCUGCAGAAGUAUAAGCAUUCUCGGAUCAGAUCCUGAGAAGCUCUAUCCGUGGGACACGUUCAUGAAGGAGAUGCAAGAGCAGAGUGUUCACGGGGUGAAUUUUGCUCUGGAAACAGCACCAGCAGUAUCGUUAGAUGAAUCGGAAGCGUUUGACAUGGAUGCUAUGGAAGGAGAUGACGCUGUCGACGUUAGCGUUAUCUGGAAUGUUAAGAACCUGAAAACCAAGGAAGCAAGAUGCCGUCUUGCCGAGACCAUCAUGCACGCAGUGGAAAAAAACUAUUUAUGACAUUUGAGUCGUAACUUUAGCU